CCGAUCCCUUAAAAGCCGAGGUUCCCCUAAGGUCAGACAACCCACGGAUCUCCGUCUCUCUCCGGAAGAGGAGGAAAACAAAGAUCGAGAAAGGGUUAAGGAGAAAAGAAAAGAACCGGAAGGUGUUUUUCAGAAAUGGCUGAAUCAAAGACUGGAUUGAGAAAACCUGUGUUUAUCGAGGUUGAUCAGCUUCGACCUGGCACCAGUGGGCAUACCCUUACAGUGAAGGUGGUGGACUCGAAGAUGGUCUUGCAGAAGGGGCGCCCUGAUGGUCCUCAAGUUCGACAGAUGCGUAUUGCUGAAUGUUUGGUUGGGGAUGAAACUGGAAUGAUAGUUUUUACAGCCAGGAAUGAGCAAGACAAUCAGAUCAAUGUUCUUGUCCUAUCUAUCUCAAAUGGAAUGCUUUUAUUGGCAAGCAAAGAUUCUUCAAAUGUGAGAAGUCACGUUCUAUCUCCAUCCAUAACUUGUCCAUUUCCAGUGGACUUGAUGAAGCCAGGGACAACCGUCAUACUUCGAAAUGCAAAGAUUGACAUGUUUAAGGGGUCCAUGAGGCUUGCCGUGGACAAAUGGGGCCGUGUGGAAGUCACCGAUCCAGCUGAUUUCACUGUUAAAGAGGAUAACAACCUGUCUUUGGUGGAAUAUGAGCUAGUGAACGUCGUUGAAGAGUGACCAGUUGCUACAGUGCUGAUAUGAUUUCCAAGAAAGGAACAAAUCAGGCUUGAUGUGGUAUUGAUUGCUUUUGGAGAUUGGCAAAUGGUAUUUCCCUUCCCCCCAAGCAGCUUUGACUCAUGGAGCUGCCCAGACAAACUCUUUUUAGGACAAAACGUGGUUACAAUCAUAAAGAAGCUACCAACAGGAAAAUCUAGUCGAACCUUGCUACGCUGCAGCUUGUUGAAGUCUCCGAUAGCAAGAUGAUGGUGAUUGCACCUUAUAGGUUCAUCAUCUGGACUUUGUUUGGGUUUUAAAAAGUUUCUUGUAUGACACUUUUGGAUGUUUAAUUAAGUUUGGAGAAUGUUUAUCUAGUCUUUGCCCCGUAAUUAUAAACAUAAAAAUAUGUCAAUGAGUUUCUCUA